AUGUCGACUCUUUCGGUGGCGGACCUCUUUGGGGUCAAGGGGCGAAUAGCUCUGGUGACCGGAGGAUGCAGCGGAGUUGGAUUGAUGAUCGCAAAGGGCCUCGUGUCGAAUGGUGCAAAGGUCUAUGUUACUGCUUUGCCAACAGACGACAUCCAAGGAGCAGUGGCAGAGUUGUCGCAACUAGGACAAGCGUCCGGCGGUACGGCUAUAGGGUUUGCUGGUGACGUUUCCUCAAAAGAAGGCAUCGCUGCUAUUGCCAGUGAGAUUGAGAAGAACGAGACUCACCUGGACAUUCUGUGCUCGAAUGCAGGCAUUCGACGGGAUCCUCCGCAGAUGUGCAACGUGAAGACUGCAUCCCUGGACCAGCUGCAAGCCUCGUUAUGGUCCUCCAGACAUUCUGAUUGGGAUGAUACGUUCCGAGUCAAUGUAACAGCACACUACUUCCUCUCUGUCGCUUUGUUGAAGUUGUUGGCUGCAGCGAGCAAUCUUGAUCUUGGAGAUGGUCGUAGAGGGAGAGAUGAAGGCCGAGGUGUCAUGGUCAUAACGAGCAGUUGUGCUAGCAUGCACAAUUGUACGAAUAUUGAUCUGACCAGUUACGCCGCUAGCAAGGCUGCUAUUGAUCAUUUGGUGGCAUUGCUGGCUUCCAAAUAUGUAAAUUGGUAUGUCAGGGUCAACGCCAUCAAUCCUGGAUUCGUACCAAGUAAGAUGAAUCCGGUGGAAGAGGGCGGUAACCAGUUUGCGGAUCUUUUCAAAGCCAUGCCGGCUGGCCGCAUAGGCAAGAUGGAAGAUAUUGCUGGAGCAGUUAUAUAUUUGAGCAGUCAAGCUGGGGCGUAUGUUGAUGGUCGAUGCCUCUGCGUCGAUGGGGGCCGAGUUCUGUUGGCGAACGGGCAGUAA